CCUGGUAGUAGUAGCCAAUGCUAUGUCUCCGCGGUGCGGUGGUGCCGCAACGAGCCUAGGAAACUAACUACCAUGAGAAGGUUGACCCUUGCGGCUAAAUUAGCCAAUUUGGCGCUUGCACAAUAGAGACGUGUGAACCGCGAUACCGCCGACCAUCCAUAUAGACGGAAACCUGAGCGGUUGAAUACAAGGUUAUCAUCAGCUUGAGAAGUAGGUCGUUCACAGACUACACGCAAUUAGCUAACGGCGGCUAACGCGGAAGGUAUCCCUCUUCUUCACAAGGAUAUCAAUGACUAGCAAGGCAGAGGGAGCGACCCACUCCUUACAUUGAUCACAAAGCCGUCGUCCUGAGCGCAGCACCACCAUGUCCAAACGAGUCCGCAAUACGGACGUCUGUGCUGAUUGCAGUUCUCCAGACCCCCGCUGGGCAUCGGUCAACAGGGGAGUGUUGAUUUGUGACGAAUGCUGUAGCGUCCACCGGAGUCUGGGGAGACACAGCUCCCAGGUCCGACACCUGACACACACACCCUGGCCCCCCAAUCAGCUGCAGAUGGUCCAGACGCUGUACAGCAAUGGGGCCAACUCGAUAUGGGAACACUCGCUGCUGGACCCCGCGUCCGUGCUGAGCGGCAGGCGCAAGGCGGGGCCUCAGGACCGACUGCAUCCAAACAAAACAGAGUUCAUCAAGGCCAAGUAUCAAAUGCUGGCGUUUGUGCAUCGCAUGCCCUGCAGAGACGAUGACAGCUUCACCGCCAAGGACUUAAGCAAGCAACUCCACUCCAGCGUGCGCACGGGGAACCUGGAGACCUGCCUCCGACUGCUGUCUUUGGGGGCGCAGGCCAACUUCUUCCACCCAGAGAAGGGCAACACGCCUCUGCAUGUGGCCGCCAAGGCGGGCCAGGUCUCCCAGGCGGAGCUGCUGACGGUGUACGGAGCCGACCCCGGGGCCCCAGAUACAACCGGCAAAACCCCCGUGGACUACGCCAGGGAGGCGGGCCACCAGGAGCUGUCUGAACGGCUGGUGGAGAUCCAGUACGAGCUGACGGACCGCCUGGCCUUCUACCUGUGUGGACGGAGACCAGAUCAUAAAACUGGGCAGCACUUCAUAGUUCCACAGAUGGCUGACAGAAACAUCAGUUUAGAUUUAUCAGAGCUGGCGAAAGCAGCCAAAAGAAAACUGCAGUCUCUGAGCAAUCAUUUAUUUGAGGAGUUGGCCAUGGAUGUUUACGAUGAAGUGGAUCGAAGAGAGACAGACGCAGUGUGGUUAGCCACACAGAACCACAGCACUCUGGUGACCGAGACCACCGUGGUGCCCUUCCUUCCAGUAAACCCUGAGUACUCCUCCACCCGCAACCAGGGACGCCAGAAGCUGGCCAGGUUCAACGCUCACGAGUUUGCAACGCUGGUCAUCGACAUCCUCAGCGACGCCAAGCGCAGGCAGCAGGGGAACGCCGUCGUCAGUCCGAAGGGCAGCGUGGAGCUGCUGAUGCGGGGCAUGAGGAUGGGGUCCAGCAGUGAGGGUCCGGACGCCGACCAGCCCGACUACGACAGCGUGGCGUCCGACGAGGACACGGACGCGGAGCACUCGGCCAAGGAUGACCGCACCAAGAGCCUGGACUCUGACCUCUCCGACGGACCAAUCAGCAUGCAGGAGUUCCAGGAAGUGAAGAACGCGCUGUGUCUCUCCGAGGCCAAGAUCCAGCAGCUGAUGAGAGUCAACACAAACUUGAGCGAUGAGCUGCGGCUCAUGCAGAAAAAGCUGCAAUCUCUGCAAAGCGAGAACUCUUCCCUGAGGCGGCAGGGCCCGGCCAGUAUCUAUCAGGCCCCUGCCGACCAGCCCGAGCCCUCCUACUCGGGCCCCUCCUCAGGCCCCAAGCGCCGGCAGUCGGCCCGGGUCAGCAGCAGCAGCAGCAGCCUCAGCAGCAGCAGGCCCAUGUCUAUGUACGAGACCGGCUCGGCCCUAAAACCCCACCUCUCCAAGGGGGAGUGUCCCUACCCAGAGGAGCCUCACCCCUCCCUGACUCCCUUCCCUCCUCAUAGGGGCGCUUUUGUGACCUCCUCUUCAUCCCUCCCCUCAUUUCCAUCCACCUUGUCUUGGUCUAAGGACGAAGGAGCUCCACAGGCCUCAAAGAUGGAGAAGCUGGGCAGUAUGCCAGACGGUGACUAUGACAACGCUUUCAACGGCUCCGACGUGGACGAAUCAGGCAGUCUGAGCCGGAGGGGGCGACUGAGGAGCGGGGGGCGCCCGGGGGAGGCCUCCUCCAUCCCGGAGCUGGACACGCCCCCGGAGCCCGAGCCGGACCUGGGUCUGCCCAGCACCGAGGACGUCAUCCGCAAGACCGAGCAGAUCACCAAGAACAUCCAGGAGCUGCUGAGGGCCGCGCAGGACAACAAGCACCACAGACCAUCUGAGCGCGAAGGCGCGCGCCGCCUGAGGCACAGCCUGGGCUGCUUCAGCACCCUGGUGCCCUGGGCCGACAAGGCCCCGCCCUCCCUGCAGCAGCAGCCAAUCAGCCUGCGCUCCCCCGACCCCGCCUCCUGCUUCGUGCCCUGCUCAGAAAGGAUACAUGUGGCUGUGACAGAGAUGGCCGCCCUUUUCCCCAAGAAGCCCCGCUCGGAGAUCGUGAGGGGCCCGCUGCGCCUGCUGACCUCCAGCGCCUGCCGUCUGCAGGGGGAGUGUCGCAAGGCGGGCCCCCCCGAAGGCGGGGGCGGCCCCCCGGGGCAGGACAUGCAGCUGGUCACGCAGCAGGUCAUCCAGUGUGCGUACGACAUCGCCAAGGCAGCCAAGCAGCUUGUCACCAUCACCACCAAGGAGAACAACAUCUAGGAGGCCGCCCUGCUCUGCCCUAGAGGCUGCCAACAGCAUCUCCUUUUUUUUAUGUAUUUUUUUAAAAAGGGAAAUAUUUUCUUUUUGUACGGAUUCAUUUGGUUGGUAUAUGCAUGUUCUGUUUUGUUUUGUUUACAAUUGAAGAUUAUGUAUCGACCAUAGAUUCACAUUUAAUGCCAAAAUUGGAACAAGUCUGAAUGUCGUUGAUAAGCCAGAGGUCAACCACUUUGUUUCCAUGUGAGGUGCUUUUAAGUGGCUCUCCUCAGGUGGUUAAAGCAACCUUCCUUUAGUUUGGGUAAAGGUGUUUGUUUACAGAAGCCUUCAAACUACGCUCAAGAAACCGUUACACAGGAAUUUGAAUGCACAUUUUAUACUUUUUUUUCUUAUAAUAUUUAAUCAAUCCAUAAUGUACAUACUCAGUUAUACAGUAUUCACAUGGAUUAUGCCGGACAAAAAAUAACAAAUACGUUUACCGGGAAGCCAAGGGUACCCAUUGCGGUAACACUCUUGGAAGUUGAGGGAGUUCCACAGUGAAAACGAUCGCUCCCGAUUCUGCCGUCAAGUGUUAGGAAGCUCUCUCCGGCCCCGAGGUAAGCGGAACCAACUGCCCUCCGCCCCAACAGUGUGUACAACUCACUCGGUGCAGCUAUUUCCACGUGGUCAUCGUAUGUUUCAGUUGCACAUUAGUGCACAUGACGGAUGAAAGGAGCCAUAGUUUGUCGUUGGCCAGCGACUACAAUGUUCCUUAGUUAUUAUGGGCUUUAUAGUUUUUAACACUGCACUGUAAUAAUGUUGUGGUCUUGUGUGUUAUAGCAGUGUUGGUUUUGCAUCAACAUAUUUAGAACUUAUUUAAGUGUGUCGUGCUCUGUUCUGUGGCUAACAGAUUUGUAUUUAAUGUGCAACUUUAUGGGAUAUAAAAUUAAUUACUUGUAUAACUGUGCAAAAUGGGGGUUGUUUAAAUUGUAAAUGUGAUGAAGAAAAGACCUUCUCUGUACUUUAGUCCAGAGAUGUAUUUAAUGCAGCUAAAGUACGGCAGAGGAAAAUAUUUUCUAAAUAAACUUAAUUUAUAAUUGAAAA